AUGGACGAUAGCUCGGAAGAUGUCAACGAGUUUCUUUUACGCAUCCGGGAGCUGGGCGAUAAGAGAGUAAAGGAAGACGAGGAUAGGGCUCGGAAGCUGGAAGAGGAGAUAUUGCAGGGUCGUAAAGAGAGACAAGCGCGGCGAGCUGAACGAGCUCGCUCAAUCUCGCCCACCAAAGACUUUCCCUCCCCUUCAAUCUCGAGUCUUCCCAGAGACCACAAGUCUAUCUCACAGUUUCCACCACAAGUCCUUCGACCGACGAGUGCUUCCUACGAGCAAGAUAACAAGACGCAUCUCGACGAACAUCACGUCUCUGAUAACAAUUCCCCUUCGACUCCCCCCGUAGUUGCGAACCACGUUGCGCAGUCUGAUAGUGACAGGACAGAAGAUACGCUUGACCAAGCUAUCGUCUCUGAGAAGAUAUCGUCUCUCUCGUUAGAACCAACAGCUACUGGGGAACAAACCAAUGAAACGAUGCCACUAGCCGAAGACACCCCGCCUUCGCGCUCUCAGAUCUCAAAAAAUCUGUCUUCGAAAGAUCCAGCAUGGUUUCGACAAACAGCAGAUCGCGAUAGAGGUUCUUUAGCGCUACGAAGGAAUGCAGAUACUAGCACGACUGAGACAUCUUCAGCCGAGGCAAGCUUCAAGUUGCCCGGCCUGAGUCGAGACUCGGCAUCAGAUGCUGAGAAAUUCCGCGAUUGGAUUGCUGAUGAACGAUCACGCUCACCCUCGAGAGCAAGCUCAACUUUUGCUGCUAACAGCAGCAUUGGAAAUCGUUAUUCGAGCAUAUCCUCGGUGUCUACGAGUGGCCUUGGCUCCCCCAUUCCCUUGGUUACUUCCAGACUUGAAGCUCGUAAAAUAGAGGCUCAACCACCCGGCGACGACCGUAUUCCUUUAUCUCCAGGUCGUGCAUCUCCAGAACGGUCAGGUUCUCCUACCAAGGGCUUAGGAGGUUUUGUGCAAAGUGCCAUGUUGAAACGCAGUGAUAGUAUAUCAAAGCGUUGGACCGUGCAAUCCCCCGCCAACUUGAGUCGUAGCAACUCUAUAAUUAGCAACCGCAGCGGGGUCGGUCGUUCUGCAUUUGGUGAUUUGCUUCCAAGUCCUGCCGAGCCUAGGCCAAUCCGUGAGAGCUCGCCUUUAUCACUCUCAAGACCCGGUUCAAGCCACAGUGAAGCAACCAUCGUUCAUCACUCGAAAAGCCCGGAAGAUAAAGACAGCAGUCAGGAGAAACCCCCGCUAGACACAGGCUUUGUGAGACCCUCCUUGCCCAUUCACGCUCGCUCCAGCUUCUCAAAUGCUACUGGAGCAGAUGAAGCGAAAGCUAGCGAUGAGCCGCAAACUCCCCGCAGUCCUUCAAAAUCUUUCGAUCAGAAGCGAUGGAGUCCCACUAAAUCAAGCUGGCUCGAAAGUGCGUUAAAUCGCCCCGAAUCACCCAGAACAAAAGCGACACCUGUUACUCAACAGCCUGCAUGGAUGAGAGAUCUGUCCAAAGCACGACAGUCUAGGGCCAGCAUUGAUCUUGGAAGACCGGCGGCGGCUCAAGAGACGACUCCUGUGAGCUUGAGAUCACCUGCACUGAGCGGCCAUUCCAAGAGUCCCAGUGUCUCCGGAAUCAGCUCAUCCAUUAUCCAAGAUCUCAAUGGCCCUUCAACUGAAAAAGUACAGUCUCCCAAGAAGGAAGAAAACACUCAACCAGCUGUGUCAGAUACCAAGGAUGGCGUUGAAGCAGUAUCAAAAGAAGUAGAUGUAUCUGCUUCACCCGAUGUUGAAGAAAAACUAAGUUCCUCUUUACCAAAGACCUCUCCACCGGUGCCAUCGAAUAAACCAAAGACAGUCUCUGCUAUUAAUGUCGGCUCAGCGAACCCCAGGUCACAGCCAGUGACUACAGACUUUAGGGCAAACCUGCGGAAGCGCGAGGUCACCAAUGACAAGACCACACAAGAUGAACCGGAAUUCAAGAAUAUCUUUGGGAAACUUAGGAAGGCAGAAAAAUCCACUUACAAGGUGCCUGAUGUACUGAAGGAUAACAUCACUAAGGGGAAAGCAGCAUUGAUUGUCACCGGGGGACCAAAGAAAAGUGACCGAGUGGAUGAGUUCAGAGAAAGCAUUUUGAAGCAGAAAGAUGCAAUGAAAGCAGGCGGAGGCUCUAUCAGAAAAACAGGCGACGAAGAUCGAAAUAUACCAAAGCCACGAUCCCCGGUACCUGAAGCGCUCGCGAAACGCAAUAAUCUUGCCCGAACGGACAGUACAAGAAGCAAUCUGUCGGUCUUGUCUUCUCCAUCUCCGACCAACUCUACCGGGACAGAGAGUCCUCAGCGGCCUUUAAGCGUGUCAAGUAACAAGCCCGAACUGAAUUUAUCUCCUGUCGAGCCGUCACCACGACAGCAAUCGACCACUAUUGCCAUUACACCCAACGAAAGCUCGACUCAAUACUCUAAGAUCAACGUGCAGAAAAGGGAAACAGUGCCUGGGCCGAACUCCGUCCCAGCUAAGUCAAUUCAGGAGAAUAAGAUUGGCUCAACUGGCUCAACGGUUCGUCCCUUGUCAUCAAGAGCCACCGUAGAUAUCUCUACGAAAAUCACUACUGAGCCUAAGGGACUUGCUACUAAGGGAGCUAUAGCAGGCCGGCUAAACCCUGCGUUAGCGGACAUCUUGGCUCGUGGUCCGCCGCGCGCCGGAGGUGAAUCGGGAAAGCCUACUGUCACUACCUCUACCUUCACGCCAACGCAAGAACCCCAGCCGACCUCGACGGCCCCGCUGACCCAUAUGACAAAAGCCCGAGCAAGAGGUCCCAAAAGAAGGCUUCCUGCUUCCACUAAGUCCGAAUCCAUUACGGCCAUGAAGGAGGACAGCCAAUCAACUGGACAAGCUACAUCGGCUUCUAAGGUGACUGAGCGGAAGGAUUCAUCAGAGGAGGUACGUUCGCCGUCCGUGCCUGCAAAGACAUUAGACAAUCGUUCUGAGUCAGUCAUCGAGCGCCAAAAACCGCUGAUACCUUCCAAAUCGCCAGAUGUACCAAGAUCGUCUCUGAUUUCCCCUCCCAAAACGAAACCUGUGGCGGAAGAACCAAGUGCAGACAAAGAAAACCAAGAAGUUGGUGUCAAGAGUUCUGCAUCACCUGAGAGUCCAACCGAGGAGGUGUCAAAGCCUCCAGUUCCUUCCAAAUCAGCAGAUGUUCGAAGAGUUUCUAUGACUUCUCCUACUCUCCGAAAGACAUCUACCUCAAGUCUCAAUAAAGAGAAGUCUAACGACUUACCUUCCAAGAGCACUAUCUCUCCUGUAGUUCCUCCGAAGACAGGCAUAGUUCGUGACACCUCGACGCUCAGUGACAAGAAGCGUUCCCUUAACGAGCGGCCGACACCGCCUCCAAAAUUAGCGACGUUGCCCUUGAACCCUUCUCCAGGGAACUCUUCGCCGUCCCCUUCGUUCGCUUCUAGGUUGAAAGAGACCUUUUCCAACUCUGCCAACGUUUCUCCAAUCCAGGCCAAGUUUGGACUGGGCUUAGGAGGCUCAUUCUUCCAAUCUCGGCCGGGGUCACCGCUUGAUACCAGCCGGAAACCUUCACCUGCUAAUAAACCACCAUCGACCCCUCCUGUUCCACCCAAGAAGAACUUGAGUAUUUCUGCUCAAAUUCCUACUGAGGUACGAAGGCCUUCCCUUAUGUCACCUAUUCCGAGAACAUCUGAGUCUGUCGGUGUAAUAUCCGAAUUCUUCGACACACCGCCCAAGUCUAGCGACAGAGUUAACGUCGAUCCACAACUGAUUCUCUCCACGGAGACGGACGAGUUCAAGACAAGGACCCUUCGAAAGCAGAUCUGGGAGAUCACAGGAGACGGCAAGAAACAAGAUCUCCCUAAGAAUCAAGAUUACAUCCUCUUCGAGGGUAGCAUGUAUGUCUGUGUACAUAGUUUCGAAUGUGAAACAGGAAACACGACCGAGUGUUACUUGUGGCUGGGUGAUGAAGUUUCCGAAGCGGCCAUGCAGGAUGCUCAGCUAUUCGCACGUAGAGUCGCGAGAGAAAAUGGAACCAAGCUUGAAAUAAUCAGACAGGGGAAGGAACCCGCUAAAUUUGUUGAGGCUCUUGGAGGUAUAAUCAUUACUCGGCGUGGUUCCAGUUCUCGGUCGAGCUCGUCGGCACUCUACAUGCUCUGUGGUAGACGGCAUUUGGGACAGAUUGCAUUCGACGAAGUCGACUUCUGCUACCAGAAUCUUUGCUCGGGUUUUACGUUUGUUAUUUCAGCAAGGUUUGGCAAGCUUUAUCUUUGGAAAGGAAAAGGUAGCGGAGCGGAUGAAGUUGGUAGUGCGCGACUGGUUGGCAUGGAUCUUGGACUCACAGGCGAAAUGGAGGAAAUUUCCGAAGGUGAUGAGCCCCAAAGCUUCUUUGAUGUGUUCCCUAAAUCUGAAACGGUCGAGCCGCCUACAACGUCGGACUAUUGGCAUCUAAAGCCCAAGCAUGAAAAGCAUCGAUAUCGAUUGCUUCGGAUCGAUCAUGUCCUAGGCCAGAAGGGAGGGUUUUGGAAUCGACGCGGAUCCUCUUCGCCAGUUAUCCGACCUAAUGACACUAUACGGGAGAUCGAACCCUUCUCCCAGAAGGACUUACUUCCUCAAGGAAUCUACAUUCUCGAUGCUUUCUUUGAGAUCUAUGUUAUUGUAGGAAGUGAGGCUAAAUCUCGGGCUGCUGAAUUUGCAUCUGCUCUAGUCUUUGCGCACGAAUAUGGGAUCUUGGCAGCUUCACUACAAGACCGACCGUUUAUCCCAGUCGGCUAUGUUUCAAUCGGCGGUCUGCCCGACUCUUGCACAGUGGCAUUUCGAAAAUGGGAUCCCAGGCUGUGGCCAACAACAUCCUACGUCUUGCCAUUGAACGCGGCCAUUGAAGCUAUCCGUUCUUGA